UCUUGUGUUUGUUUAUCAACAGGUAUUGCGCGAUCGUGGAUCGCGACGUUUGCUAUCCACAUCCACAGCCAGAUCCACCACGCACAGCGAAUCCGUGCCUACCUCCGCGCUAUCAAUCGUUGACGAAUUCUUACCUGGCCCGGACAAACAAAUUGCCACAUAGAAGAAAAAUAGACAAAGUCCUCAGCACGGCGGGAACAGCGGAGCGACGCGCCUCGCUGCUCGUCUUAUAACGCGAACAUUGUACGCCCGCGAGUUUAGUGCGAUUAGAACAGCCGAUCGCGGUGGAUCGCGUGUCUUGUUUGUCAUAGUUACUUGCUGACUGUUCUAUCUAAUCAUCUGUUUCAAUAUUGAAGCGGCAGGCAGACGCUCAGCUUAGCUUCGUUUAGUCGUACUGACCAGUCGAUUCAAUCGCGGGAAACCAACGGAAACCAACCUUCAGCGUGGAAAUCAUCAAGCAACUGUGAUUUAAGCCUCUCGCAGAAUAGUCGCGCUAAUUUAAAGCUUUAAGCCCUUUUCGGAAAUACCAACGAACUUUGAAUGCAGUUGAUCCAGCCGGCCGACCGAUGCGCAAGUAGAGCCCGCCGCCGCACGCAUUGAACACCGCAACCCAGUUCGCAAUCAAAUCUCUUCGCCAAGGCAGUCCAGAGGAGCUGAGGAAGCGUCGCCGUCAUGAAGCCCUUCGGCAUUGUUUAUUUAACGAUGCUAUGCAUCACCAUGAUUCAAAGUCUACCGUCAAUGCGGGACAGCCUAACUAACCCGGUGCAUGUGCGUGAGGGCGACGAUGCCGUCAUCACGUGCGUCGUCAAGGAGAUUGGCAAGAACACAGUGAUGUGGAAGAAGGAAGACAAGGAGCGUCACAGUACCAGGGUACUCACCGCAGGUGACAAAAGCGUCACCGCUGACAAGCGCUUCAUGGUGCUACACGAUCCAGUACCGCAAGGAUCCGAGGAAAUGAAAGAAGUUCCGGUUGGUGGAGACGUUUGGGUGCUUGUCAUAAAGAAGUCGAAACCUACCGACUCAGGCGUGUACGUAUGCGAAGUAAACAGUAAUCCAAUCGUACGGUCAUUCCACAAGCUCAGUGUAACAACGAAAGCCUUACCGCCACCAGAAAACUUUACUGAAUCUAUUGACGCUGCCAAAUCUCAACUCAAUCCAAGAGCGCACAAUUACACGGAUUGCUGCAAUUCAAGGAACGUAUCGCAGGCGUGCCUAGGCUUUUGCAACAUUCAAAGUAUCCUUGAAGGAAGCACGGGCCAAGAUCCGGAAAAUUGCGAAACGGAUUUCCCUAGUAUUGUUCGCUGCAUGGCGGACGGAAGGAACCACGUGCCGUGUUGCAUUCAAGAACGAGUCCCAGAUAUUUGUCAGGACGUCUGUAGAGGCGAGUACACCCCAAUCACCGACAAUAUUAAAACGCAUUUUUCAUGUUCGGCGUAUACCGAGCAAACAUUGGCUUGUAUUGUGGAGGGUGUUGAAUUACUCCCAAGUCCACCUGCAAUUGUAGAUGUAGAAGCCCUCACCGAAAAAUCUCUCAAAGUAUCUUGGAGCAUGCCAGAAACGAAUGCCGAAAGUAUCACCGAAUUUUCCGUGAAUGUAACUUCACUGCGAAGUUUUGAUCAGCACCUUCUCGAUCCAAAUGAAGCAAACCGCACCGAAUUUGAAUAUAUGCAAACCCACAUGGUGCAGGUGAACGUGGCUGGUAACCAAAAUUUUACCAUUCUGAAUGACCUUACCCCGUUCACUAUGUACGAAGUGACUGUCACGAGCAUCAACCCACAUGGUACUAGUUUACCUACGAGUCGUGUGCGCAGCUUGACGCUCACGCUGGGUAAUAUAAAGCCUACGGUCGGCGAGUCGCCCAAAUUACCGGACAUCAGGGCAUGCUGCGCCAAUAAAGGCAUUGGUCAUAAAACUUGCUUGAACAAACUCUGUGAUCCUGCAAUGGCCGCAGUUGCCGAAAUUACUGACUUGAUGAUUUGCGCGCCAUGGGCAGCAGAUACAUUCAGUUGUUUGACAAAUGGGAUCGACCACACGCCAUGUUGUCGCGCACGAGGUCUGCCAGAAAUCUGCCAGUUGCUUUGCACUGGAAACGUCACCAGCAUCGAUUUUAAUUAUUUCAAGUGUUUGCGCUAUAUGGGCGAGUACACAAAUUGCUUGCUGCAGGGUUACGGUGUAUUACCCAGUUCGCCUAGCCACGUGCACGUGACCAACAUCGAUGUCGACUUUGCAAUUUUGCAUUGGUCUUCGCCAAAGACACUCGGAGACACGGUGGUGAAUUACAACCUGCACUACCGAAUGCUGACUACCUAUGACACGGAUUACAAGACAAUUUCCGGGGUGCAUAGCCCGCACGUGCUCGAGGGACUCGCCAGCGACACCAACUAUGAAUUCUAUGUGGAAGCUGUAAACACGCACGGCGUUGGUGAACCGAGCGCGCGUUUCAAUUUCCGAACCAGCAGCAAGAUUUAUGAAGAGCAAGUCGAAGAAGCAAGUAAUUACAACGUGACGGGAUGCUGCGUGGCGGCGGAACUCAGCAGUGUAUGCAUGCCGCUGUGUUCGUAUGAUGCAAAAAUGAGCGACAUCAAACAAUUGGCACGUGUCUGUGCGGUUGAAUUUCACAAAUUGUUGCGUUGUGGGGCCGGUGGCCGCAAUCACGGCGCGUGCUGUAGCCGCCGUGGUGUUCCCAACGAAUGUAUCUCUAUCUGUAACGGCGUGAUUGUCGACAACUUACCUAUAACAGCAACUACAUGCAUACCCUAUAUUGGUAACAUUGCUCAAUGUUUUGAAGAAGGUACUGAUUUACUACCUGGCCCCGUCGACGAUCUUCACGCCGUUAUUUCUGGUGAAGACUCUGUUCUCGUAGAGUGGGAACCACCCGGGGAGAGCAACAACAUCACCGAUUACGUCGUCUACUAUCAGAAAACAACUAACUCAACACCCUUAUACAACAAGUUGCUUCAAUCAAAUAUGCAAGUAAAUACAACGGGCACUUCCACUAUUCUGACGAAUCUGGACAAAGGCGCAAAUUAUCAUAUAUUUGUGGUCGCCAGAAACCCCCACGGAACAUCUCUGCCUUCCUCUAUCGUCAUGCUAAACAUAAGCAAAGAUGUGGACAUGGCGCAAGGAGUUACGUCACCGCCGCAUUCUCUGGCAGUAUCUAGUCACAGCGCCACGUGGGUAACCAUCACUUGGCAACCACCAGAGUUUAGUCAUCCCUCGGAAUUGAUUACUUAUCAAUUGUAUCAGAAACCCAUGGCAAACACCACUUACCUAAUCACCAACACAACCGUAACGUCGCACAUGAUUGAGAAACUUACGCCCAACACACAAUAUAUUGUUUAUGUGAGGGCUAUCUCGAAGAAAGGUCCUAGUAUGCCAUCAGAAACGUUAAUUGCUUGGACAGACCCAGCCUACCCGGCUUUUGUUGAGCCGCCAACAGUUCAUCCUAUUAAUCUAGUCAUUGAAGGGAGCAGCAUGACAAUCCUUUGUAUCGCAAUGGGCCGUCCUAUGCCCACUAUAUCUCUGUACAUAUCUGGUCGGCUCGUACGCCAAGAGAUAACAAGACAUAUGGUCACUGUCAUCCACAAUGUGACGAAGGACAUGGCCCACAUCUCUUGUUACGCCGACAAUGGCUAUGGAACUCCGAUGCAGGCGUCGAGGAAAAUUAAGAUUAGCUAUGGACCUCACAUCAAACCUGGUGGGAUAACAAUGGCUACUUUGGGAGAUUCCAUUUCUUUGGAGUGCAGGGUUGAUUCCCACCCCGAACCGAAAAUGAUUUUUUGGCGAAAUCAUGAAGAACGCACACCCGUUAUUCAAGGUGGAAAAUAUGACAUCGCUUUCCGACGCAUGCACGAUGAAGAAGAUAAAUACGUUAUGAAUCUUACUAUUCACAAUAUUGAAGCGAUGGAUGUCGGAGACUAUUACUGUCACGCUGAGAAUGCGUUUGGUCGUGACACUAGGCCAGUAUCAGUUAGAAUCCGCGGCUCCAAUACCAAGACCAGUGGUAACAUUAUGCAAUGUUGCGUACACAACAAUGUCUCUUCGGCAUGCAUGGAUGCCUGCAGCUUUUUCCUUGACAUUGACGCCGUCAUCGAUAAACCGGAUUGUAUCAAUGAUUUCGACAAAUUGAUGAAAUGCGCCGCUGAUGGUUCCGAUCACCGAGGUUGCUGCGUCCACUGGGGUGUCCCAAGGAGAUGUCUCGACUGGUGUCGUGGUGAAUCUCUCGAUAAUAAUACGAGUAAAGACUGCCUCCUAAGCCACACCAAGCACAUUAUGAGUUGUUUCCACGACGGUCGCUCUAAGCUACCAGGACCUCCAAUCAAUGUGCGGGUCGAGGCCGCAGAUACAAAUAGUGUGCGUAUAGCGUGGGACCUGCCUGAAAAGAACCCUCAGACAGUGGAGAUGUAUCGUGUUUUCUGGCACGUCGUUGGCACUGACCAAAAAACAGCAAUGAAAAAUGAUACGCGGAAUAUGUAUAUUGUGCUGUCAGAUCUUCAAGACGGCGUGACAUACGACUGCGUCGUAAAAGCGGGUAAUCAUAAGGGUACUUCUGUGCUCACCCGUCCCAUUCGAUUUACAAUGGGUGAUAAGUAUAUUACAUCCGCGACCAGCGGCACGUCGGGGUCCAAUAUUGGAGCGGCGGUGGCAAUUAUUCUGGCGCUCAUCUUUGUCGCCGCAGUUUUUGUUGGAACAGUCUGGUUGAUCCGCACCAAGAAGAUGCUAGGUGUUAAAAAUCAGGGAGGCGUUGCAUUUGAGAAUCCAAGUUACCUCCGGGAGGUUAAUAUGGAUCACGUACAGGGUCCCGCACUACAAAACGACUCUACGUCGAAUGGCGUUGCGGUCGCGGUGUCAGCUACUUCGGGAGGCGCAGGAUGGAAACAGGAGUCAUUGCACGUGCCCGCACAGCAAGAAGUCAAUCCCACGCUUUACGAAGAAUUAAAAUUGGGUCAAGAUGGCGCCGGUUUCAAGCGACUGAAGCCUUAGUAUAAGGUGAUUACGUACGACGCGGGUGCAGAGUCACACUUCUAGCCUAGAGAAUCUAUCAUAAAUUUCGACGUAGGGCAGUUGCAGAACCAGAAAAUACAAAUAAUACCCAUAGUAAUAAGCAGAUAAGCACUUAUUUGCAACAUGUGAUUAUUGUUAAAUGUAAAAGUCUAAGUGUUAGUUUUAACAAGUUUGAUGGACACAAUGGAUCUUUGCGGGUCGACGGUUGUGGCCAGUUUUUGAACAGUCGAUUAUUUACUACAAUUAUUUGGUUGCGUUUUAAAUUUUGAGGUGCUCAACACGGUUAAGUAGGUGAAACAUACAUGUUUUAGAAUAACUGUCUAACGUUAGUCUAGUCAGUUAAUUUUAUACAAAGUAAACGGUGAAACUGCACAUGUCUCUUUGUAGAUGAGGAAUUAGUCGGGUGCGUUUAAAAACUGUGCACAGAAUCAACAUGAUGCACGUGCAAUUGUAAAUGAAUCGUAACAUAAUCAUAAGUAAUUUAUACAACACAAUGUCUCGAACCUAUAUGCGUGUAUGACUUAUCGAAAUGCACGCAAUUAUUUGUGCCUUCAUUCUGAACAUUAUUGUAUAAUUUAAGGAAAUUGUAGGUAACAGUACUGGUCAUGAUUGACGCAGUCUUUCUUAUAAAUGAUUUUAAUCACUUGUAUAACAAUGUAGUACAAUAAACGUUAGGUUUAGUGUUACCCAUGUCGGCUUAUUCACACUGAAAUAAAAUACUACAAGAGGAGAAAUUGUA